ACCACAUACACCACCACCACCACAUACACCACCACAAGCAACAGUGGCAUACACAACACUGUCACUACAUACACCACCACAAUCAGUGGCAUCAGAAAUGUCAGUGUCACAAACAAUAGCAACAACACAAAUGAGAAUACAAAAUCCUAAUCUGAUUACACAUGUAAACAAUAAUACUGAAAAGUCACCACAGAAAAAUGUGAAGGUAAUAUCACUAAAUGGUUACAGCAAAACAGAACUAAUGGAUGGAAAUCUUAGUAGUAGUUCUGAUGUAUUUCAGAUACCUUCUCAUGGCACACGAAGCAGUCCUUUUCCACCAACACACAAUUUGUCUGACUUGGGAAUACCCGAUCAAAGGGAAUUGCAUAUUAUGCCAGAGUCAAAUAUAUCAAAUGUCAAGGGUCAUGAAAAUGAUACACAAACUUCAUCUUCACAAAAAGAGUUAAUUAAUAAACUCUCGACCAGUUCUUUCAUCAGAAAUAAAUGUGCAAUAAGGAUCAAUUGCACAAAUGCCUCAAAAAUUAAAAGGCCAUCAAGUUUGUUACAAAUAGAUUCUGACACGAGACAAAAGAUUUGCUUUAAUAUUAAAGAAAAAGUGGCCAGGGCAUCUAAAUUAUACUUGGAAAAUGCUGAAGAUGAACACAGAGAAAACAACAGUACUGAAGAGACUUCAAAAUUGUCAAAGUUGGCAGAAUUAAAAAAAGAAUUGGAAAUAGAAAAAGUGUGCAACGCUGAAUACAAAAAGAACUUAACUAGUGGAAUAUGGAGGCGUCCUAGAGGAUUUUUGAAACGCAAAAGAAAGUACAAGAAGGGAAAGGACAAAAAAUGUAUGCCUCGGACAAGAGUCAUUAGUUGUGAAUAUGAUAGUGGCUCAUCAUCUUGUUCAUCUGAAGAAACUACAAAUGUUCCGCACACAACUCACAAAGACGUGUGCAAAAAUAAAGAAAAUAGAGAUAUUUCUCAAGAAUUUGAUGAUAAAGAAAAUGUAUCAUCUCGAUAUGAAGUUAAGAAGAGCUCCUGUGAAGAGCAGAACAAGAACUCUGCAGAAGGGCAGGACAGGUGCACUGGCGUAGGGCAGAACAAAGUUGUGGAAAAAGACAAGCAUACAACCACAGGUGAAAAGGAAGUCAUUGUUCUUUCUGAUUUAGAUAAUGACGAAAACUAUCUUGAUAUUUAUGCCAGCAAUAAGAAAGAUAUUGAGACAAGAAAUAAACAUGCUAAUAAUCAACAAAUCAAAUCAAGCAUUACAGUGAGAGAGGUUAAAGGAAGAAAGGCAUCUCUGAAAGCACUCCUCCUGGGAGAUGGAGGAGAGAAAGACCAACAGAUGACAACAGAUAACCAACAGAAUUCACAAGACAGUGAAUUGAUAAAGCAGAACUUUGGACAACAGGAGAGUGUUGUAAAGCAGAGUAACAGCCAUGAUGUAGAAGAGGUGCAAAUUUUAAAUAGCAGCACCAAAGACCAUGCUAAACAUAAAUCCAGUAAGGUUUCAUUAACUGUGUCUAAUGGAGAAGCUCAGGGUAAGACUGGCGAGAAAAUUUAUAAUGAUUAUUAUAAUACUUGUAUAGACUUGUGGUCAGAUAUACAAGAGAAUAAAUCCAAAGCCAUAGUAAGUGCCCCAUCCAAGACAAAAGACAACCCCUCCAAGAGUCAGCCUGAAAGUAAUAUAUAUUCUAGCUCUUGUUCCCAUAAGAAAUGCUCUCAUUCUCAUAAAACGUGUUCUUGUCCUCAUAAAAAAGUUUCUAGUCCCCUUCAGGCACAUUCUCACUCUCAUUCCCAUAGUGGAUGUUCUUGCUCUGGUUCCCAUAGAGCACAUUCUUACUCUCUUUCCCACAGUGUGCAGUCUUGUUCCCCUAGGGCACACUCCCCCUCCCCUGGGGCACGCUCUCCUUCCCCUAGGGCAUGUUCUUUCACUCAUGCCUAUAGGUUGCAUUCUUGCUCUCCUUCCCAGAGUGCAUGUUUUUGCUUCCUUUCUGAAAGAGAAUCUCGUUCUCCUGCUAGAAAUGCAAAUCCUAACUCCAUUUCAGUCAGCAAGUCUAGAAUGCUGUCAAAGAAAGUCUUCAGACCUAGAUCUUCGAAGAGAUUUAGUUCAUUGUCAAACACCUCAGAUUUAGAUUGUCACGGAACGAGACUUUCCAAGUCAAGAUGUAUGGAAAAAGGAAGUGAAACGCACAGCAACGUAUAUAGGUGCAAGACUAAGGACAGAAGAUUAAAUUCAGAAUACAGUGAUGAAGGCUCAUUAACAUCAAAUAUAAUUAACAGACCAUUUGAAGAGGUACAAAAUAUAAAAGAACACUGUGCCAGCCUCUCUCUUACACUAGACCCUGUUCAAAAAUCUGUAUUAGUUAAAGAAAUUAGUUCAAUUCAAGAAUUUUUUAAAAGUAGACAGUCCAAAGAUAUUGAGAAAAUGAUUAUAGAUUAUUUUAACAUUGAAAUAAAAGAACAAGUGUCAACCAACACAGUAAGACCAGGUAUGAUUGAAGAAGCUGAUCCACUACUUACGAACUCUGAAAAGACGUUGGUUUCUGUGGAGAAGCGACCAAGCUUGCCGUCAAGUGUAACAAUAGCGCAGGAAGGGGAAACACAGGCAACACAGGAACAUGUGCACUGUCAAAAUAAUUUAGGUAAAAAUGAUGAAGAAAUAAAUUAUAUUGAAGAAAAUGACCAAGAUAUACCAAUAAAAAAUGAAUAUUCUAAUAAGAUGAUAAUUCAUAUUAUUAGUAGCUCAGAUGAUGAGGCAAAAAAUAAGAAAAGAAAGAGAGAAACAGGAAGGUACAAGAGUGUACAAGAUGUGAACUUCGGGGAACCAGCAAAUAGUUUCAGAGAUGAUGCAGUGGCAUCAAAAAGAACAAGAAGCAAGUUUGAAGCACAGAGGAUGGACAGCAAUCAACAAACAAUUAAUGAAUUGAUGAAAGAAGAUACACCAAAGAAAAGAUACAAAAGUCACCACAGAAAGAAAAGAAAUGAAACAAAUAUGAGUUCUUCAAAGGAUAAAUCAUUGGACUCGAAAAAUAUGUGGAUAUGCGGUUUUACAGAUGAAGUGACAAGAAAUAUCAGUAGAGGAAGAAACUAUUCAACAGAAACAGAAAGGGUAAACAGUGGUCAACAGACAACAUGUGUGUCAGAGGAAGAGGACAUACCACAAUCAACACACCCAAGAAUUAAAUGCAAGAGAAAGCAUAAACACCACAGAAAACAUUGUAGCUUAAGAGCUAAGGCUGAAGAUGCUAAUGAAAACUGUAUUGAUAAUUCUACAAUUGAAGGCAGAAAAGCAAACAAAAGGAGUCACAAAUUGGCAAAGAGAGAGAGGAAGAGCAGCAGAAAACGACUGAGAAACAUGCCAGAAGAAGGAGACAUAACACAGUCAAGACCUCAAAGUAUUAAACACAAAAGAAAACAUAAAACUAGCAAAAGCCACAGGAGUUCUAGAGAUGAAUCGGAAAACCCAGAUGAAAUCUGGGCAGAAAGUCUAUUGGGAGAUAGAAAAAUUUUUCUAUUUCGAGAUAGAAAAAAAGAAAGUGGAAAAAGGAGAAUGAAAAAUAGAAGCAGUAAGCAAACAGAAAGAGAGUGGGUAAACAGUAGUCAACAAACAACAAAUACAUCAGAGGAAGAAAACAUACCAAAGUCAAGACACAAGAGAAAACAUAAAAGGCACAGAAGACACAGGAGUUCUUCUACAGAUGAAGCAGACAACUCUGUUGUAACCUGGAUAGAAAAAUUUACAGUUGAAGAUGCAGGGCAGGCAAAUAAAGAGAGAGGCAAGCCAAGAGCAUCAGAGAACAGGCAUCUGGUAACAAAUAUAACAGAGGAGGAGGUUGUACCAAGGAAGAGACACAGUAGCACUAAGCACAAACAUAAACACAAGAGGAAAAAAAAACUGGGAGGUUCUUCAGGGAAUAAACUAACAGGCUCUGGUGAAAUAAUAAACCAGUGGAAAAAAUCAAGUAGUAGGUUUGGAAAUAAAGUCAUUGAGAACUACCAAGGUUGUUUAAGAGAUGACACUUACAGAGCUCCCAUGACAAACUCCUCACCGCCAGAUACACUAGACGUAUACACUUGUGCUCUACCACCCUCUAAAUACCAAGAAUAUGAAAGUAAACAAACCGAACACAAUCACAGACCCAAAACUGUUUCCUCAGAUUUAUUUGUUCUCGAGGGACAAACUAGUGACUCGGCCUGCAUCAGCACUUGUGUCAAAGUUAUUUGUGAAGAGCUUAAUAGCUAUCCAUCUUCAGUACAGAUUGUGGAGAAUGGUUGCUAUGAUAACUUUUAUGCUGGUUCACCUCAUAAAACAGCUCUGAAUACCUCAAAAUAUUUACCUACUUGGGAAACACAAACUAAAGUAUUGCAAUCAAGAGCAGGUAAACAUAUUCCUGCUAAUCGACAAGGAAAUAAUAAAGAAAAUACCACUUGUAAAUCAAAUAUCGGUGAAGUGGUUUUUGAUAGUGUACGUAACCCCAGAAAUACAUCUGUGCAUGAACCAGACAUUAGUAAUGAAUCUGAAAAUGUUUCAUUAGGCAAGUAUAAUCAUAUAAGUAGUGGUAUCAAUAUGUCAAAAAGGAGAGAAAAAUCCUUUGCUCAAUUAUAUAGCAAUAUCAUUAAGAAUAUGCCCCCUGGGGGGGAUUACCAUGUGUGCACUAUUGGCUAUCCCGGCAUUCCGUGGAUUUCUGCAGGGAAAUCCUGUGAAAAAUGUUUGUUAGGGCAAGAAAAACCACGUGCUCAAUGGAAUGACUUAGACUCUUGCACAGAUUCGGAAAGCUAUCAUGAUGUUAAUUUUAAUCAUUUAACCACAUUUCACCAGUCCAGGAUGCAAGGUGAGGAUAAAUCAUAUAAGAAGAAAUUUCUCGAUAAUCAUAAGACUAAUGAUACUGAUAAAUCAAAACUUAUAAAUAAUAGUGAUAAUAGCCUUAAGUAUAAUAAUCACACGCAUAAAGUAAGCAGCAGAGAAAGUUUUGACAUGAAUGGAAAUGUAAGGCUGCAGAUAAAUUCUGAGAACAGUAUAGGGGAUCAACAGAUAAACAAGAAUACCUGUAAUACGUUUGACACAGGGGCGGGUAAGAUCCUGAAUGAUAUUAUGACAUCACCAAUUGACUCUGAAGACUCGCUGUCAAGCAUAUCUGACUAUAACAGUUUUUGUAAUGAGAAAAACCAUGAAUUGAAAACAAAGAAAUGCAGUAAAAUGCAGGAAAGACUUAGUGUGAAUAAUCCUGCAAGUUUUGCUUACUCGCCAGAUAAAACAAGCCACUCAGUUCAUGAAGGUUUGUCCGUUCUUAAUAACAAGGUCAGAGCUCAUAGUGAUAAUAGCCGUGAGUAUAAUAAUCCCAUGCAUAAAGUAAGCAGCAGAGAGAGUUUUGACACGAAUGGAAAUGUAAGGCUACAGAUUAAUUCUGAGAAUGCUGUAGGGGAUCAUCAGAUAAACAAAAAUAUAUGUUAUACGUUUGACACAGGGGCAGGUAAGAUCCUGAAUGAUAUUAUGACAUCACCAAUUGACUCUGAAGACUCACUUUCAAGCAUAUCUGACUAUAACAGUUUUUGUAAGGAGAAAAACCAUGAAUUGAAAGCAACGAAAUGCAGUAAAAUGCAGGAAAGACUUAGUGUGAAUAAUCCUAGUGAUAAUAGCCUUGAGUAUAAUAAUCCCAUGCAUAAAGUAAGCAGCAGAGAGAGUUUUGACACGAAUGGAAAUGUAAGGCUACAGAUUAAUUCUGAGAAUGCUGUAGGGGAUCAUCAGAUAAACAAAAAUAUAUGUUAUACGUUUGACACAGGGGCGGGUAAGAUCCUGAAUGAUAUUAUGACAUCACCAAUUGACUCUGAAGACUCGCUGUCAAGCAUAUCUGACUAUAACAGUUUUUGUAAUGAGAAAAACCAUGAAUUGAAAACAAAGAAAUGCAGUAAAAUGCAGGAAAGACUUAGUGUGAAUAAUCCUGCAAGUUUUGCUUACUCGCCAGAUAAAACAAGCCACUCAGUUCAUGAAGGUUUGUCCGUUUUUAAUAACAAAGAAACAGAUAAUUUACCUGCAUCAGCUUACAUUAGUAGGGAAUUAUCACAGACAUUUGAAAAUUCAAAAAGAUUGAAUGAUGAUAAUUCCCAAGAAGCUUCUUUUAGUUUGGGAAAAUUGGCUAAUAAAGCUGCUGCUGAAGUCGAUAAUAGUGUCUAUGAUUCGGCCGGGUCGUCAUCACUAUUCGACUUGAAAGAUGAUACAGACUGUUCAAAUUCAAACACCUCAUCUUUGCAACAUGAUAGCAGAUUUCUAGGAAAGCAAAAAACCUCUAUUAGCUAUUUGCCACCAGAAACUCAAACAGUUCCUUCUGAAGAUGAUUGUCACAACCGAGAAAAUAAGGCAGUUAGUAUUUUUACAUCAAGGAGUAAAACCUCACCAUGUAGGAAAGAGAGACUUGAGGAAGAGAAAGGAGAUUCUCUGUGUUUUCUUCAAGAAAGAGACCAAGUAUGUAUGUCUGCUUUAGGUAAUAAUAAUAGUACUAAUAAUAUAGUUACAAGUGCCAUUAGUAGCAACUGUAGUGAGCUCAAAUCUACCAACAAUAUGGGUUGUACGACAGUUGUAACUACCACCAAUAAUAGUAGUAAUAAAGACAAUAUUAUCACUACUAGUGCUAGUAAUACAGUUAUAGCUUCCACCAACAAUAUUAGCAAUAAACGCAUCACUCCCACCAACAGUGCUAGAAUAGUUACUUCUGGUACCAAAAAGGCAGAACAUUUGAUACAAGAUAUUGACAUAGCCAAAAAAUCAGCAGCUGAGAAAACUGUUGACCAAAGUAUAUGUGAAUCACCAGCUACAGCCUUUCUUAAACCACUGUCAACAGAGUCAGGAUUAAACAUUUCAAUUUCUGAAUUGGCACCAAAUCUUCACCAGUUGCAUCAGAGUGACACUUCUCAAAAUUCAUCUUCAGAGUCUGAAAACAUCCCUCUUGCACAACGGGCUAGAAAAAGACUGCAUAAUUCCAAUACAUCUUGUCAUUUGCAUCAAGUAUCCAAUGCUUGCACAAGCCCAUGCAAGCCAAUAACAGAGGUGUUACCUGAAGCUCUUCAGCCAACAAAGCUUUAUAUAAAUUGUAUAGCAAAUAUAUGUCCUGCUUGCAGCCAUGAUCUCAUUCCCGAUUGGUUUACCUCGGUAAACCUUUCCACAGGAUCAAUAACCAUGAAAUGCCAACACUGCCUUCAGUAUAUAGUUAUGAAACAAGUAUUGGAACCUGAAUUCCAAAAUAAGGCAGAAAAUAUGGUAAGUAAAGGUUACUCAAAAAGGCAUAAAGGUAAGAAAGCUGGAAAAUUACAGAGUGCUUGCAAAGACAUUAGGAAUUCAGAAAUGAACAAAACUGAAUCAUCUAAGAAGAAAGGAAACAGAGGUGCCAAGAAUAUAAUGAUAAACAAACACACUGUUCUGGCUUCUCAACGUCCGUCAAAAGGGUUCAAAUGUGUGCAAAAGUCGAGAAGACACGAAGAGAUCAGUUGUAAAGCACCAGAAGACUUCAAUAAAACCCUGGCAAUGACAAAUAUUACAGAAAACACAUCGCAAGGAAAUGCAAAAAAUAAUUUUACACAAGUAAAUAUUUAUCAAAAAAAAUUAUGCACAAACAAACCAAAACAUACCAGUCUGAAGUUUAAGAGAAGACAAAUACCAGGACGUACAGCCUCUAAAAAUGUCAACAGUGAUGACGAGAUACCUUUAGCUUUACGGCAGACUCGCUUCUUUACGAAGAAGCCUUUAGUUAUACUCACUCCAGUGGAGGACAGUAGGACUUCCCUUCCCAAAACAUCAGUAAAGAAAAGAAGCAGUGUUGUUUCCAAAAAAAAAUGCUGUGCUGUAAUGUCCUCUCUCGACCAGUCUUCAGUAGAAUAUGAAAGAAGCAAGACAAGUGGUGGAAGCCGUGCAGUGGAAUAAGAGGAUGUGAGGUGUACGUUAUUACUACAAACCAGCACAUCUAGUGACAGGUACGCAAGAUAAGUCACAUCGUACACAAGACGGUUCACCAACACAUUUUAAACCCUACCUUACCCAACCUAACCUACUCCAACCAAACCUAAUACAGCCUAACUUAAGCUAAUGCCUCCUAACAUGAACAAUAUCCAUGGUUUAAAAAAAAAAUAAUGACCUUUGUCAAAUUAUCUUGUGCAGGAUUGGACUAUAUACCCUGCAUGCAAGCCUACAACUUGAAGCUAAAUAUAUAAAGAAGUUUAAAAUACUGCACUUCCAACAAAUUUAUCAUACUAUGCUCAUGCUAUUUUGACCUUGAAGAGUUUGGAUGAUACUUUUUCAAAGAUAUUAUCAAUCAUAUACAAUAGUAUGUCUAAUUUCAAAGAUAAAGUGGUCUCUCUUGUCUUGGGGCUAGUAUUGUAUUACAGCUCUCAUACUUUAAGAACUACAGUAUUAAUAAUGUACACAAUAUAAAAGUGGUUAAAAAAAAUGAAUUACUUUAAAGGUAUGAUAAAAAUUAUGAUUUCGGUGGGAAAACAAAUAGGACAAAUGUAUUUCAGUGCUGUAUAAUGAAACAAUUUGUUUUAAGAAAUUAUGGUUACUUAGAGAUUUUUAGGUCAAGUAUUUUAAAAACAGAACUGUCAGUUUAAAGAAAAAAAUCACUGCCACACAAAUAUUUUACUCAAGAUACAAAAUAAAUUAUUUUCUACUUCAUUAAUUAUAACUUUGGUAAAAUUGAAAAAUACAUAUCAAAUAAGAUUACUGUAUUGAAUUUUUUUUAACAUGGUUUAAAUAUUUAUGUAAAGUCAUGAUUGCCAUUAAAUAAUUAGAUAUUUAUUCUUUCAAAACAAUGUUUUUAUAUUGCAAUACAAUACUGGUACUGACUUUAUUAUUCACAUCGUGAAGAAAAACUACCAUUGUUGAUAUUAUAAUUAUUAGGUUAUUUAUGUCAAGGCACAAUUACUAUUUAAAUAGUUUAACUCAGUGCUUGCUUAAUUGUUAUAAAACAGGUGAAUAUGGGAUUAACAUGCAUUGUUGAUCAACCAGUUUCGUUUAUAAUUUAUUAGAAACUUGUUUUUAAAGAGUGUUUAAUUUUACAUCUGUUUUUUAUGCGGAAAAUACAAUCUUGUUUUUACACGAAGCAUGUACUGUAUUACUCGAUUUCUUUCCUAGAAUGGGUAUUGUAUAUUAAAUUCAGGAUUUUUUUUAAAUUUAUGAUACUGUAUAUAUAUCAAGAACUCUCUCUUGACUACCAGGAUUAGAACCCCCACCGCCUGGAAUCACCCUGGUCUACGGGGUGUUGUAACCACUACACCAUUGAUCAGUGGGGGUUCAAAUCCUGGUAGGUUUAAAGAGAAUUUUUAGUGAUUUAUGGCUCGCAUGUUCAUGCAGUCUUUGUCUCACACACACAUUAUACUGUAUA